ACAGAAACCGGUAGCAUACGAGUAGUGUUGAAAAACUGGAGCCGGAUUUCACCCGCCGGCCGUCGUGACAGAAAUUCAGUAAAACCCUCUCAGUUAGCAGGAAGGAAUGGAGGAAGAUGGGUCGAAUUCAAUUCGAAGGAUGUCUACUCGGUCCCGCAAGAUUGCUCCCAAAAUGGCGGCUGCACUUGCCAGCUCCGAUAAUCGAACUCAGGCGAUACUAGCUCGGCUGGAUGCUUUGGAAAAUGACAAUGCUGCAACGGAGGCAGUACAGCAAAUUGAUGAUGAUGAUGAAGUUUCUCUUGAUGACGAUGAUGACCAAGUUUAUCAAAAGAAACAGUCUAAGAGUACGAAACGGAAAACUCGUCAGGCUAAAGCGUUAGAGAAUGCUAAAAAGGCCUCGAGAACGUUUCUUGAGCUCUUGCACGAGGCAAACCUGGAAUCCUUGCCGCCUCACGUGCCCUCGUAUUUGAGAGCUGCAGUUGGACCUCCAAGUUCCUCUUCAAGCCGUCAUUUUUGCACUGUCUGUGGAUUCACAGCGAAUUAUACAUGUGUACAAUGUGGGAUGCGAUUUUGUUCUAUUCGAUGCCAAACUAUUCACAAUGAUACUCGUUGCUUGAAAUUUGUCCAAUGAUUGCACCAUAACUCACCUCGCUAUUUGGUGGAGAAAAAGAAAAAAGAGACUUAAAAUCCUUGAGGCGUUGCUGCAUGAAGAUGAAGUGCAAGGUGUGCAAUGAAGAGAGCAGAAUCCAUUGUGCAAGUGAUGAACUUGUUACUUGUACUCUAUUUAGCAACGUAUCCUGUACAUUGGGGAAGAGAACUGAUGAUUGUAUCGUUUUGUGGUAGUUAUUUUAUUUUUGGCAGGAAGAGGGAAUUUUAAGCUUUAUCUUCAUCAAAUUCGCUUUGUAUUUGGACUUCUUUUCUCAAUGGGCUAAUGUUAUUGGCUGUCCUUUUUUUUUUGUUUGGUUAA